AUGCCUACACGUCGUGCUGUGGGAUCUUCGGAUUCCUGGAUCGCUUCCCUUGAUUGUACCUUUGAACGCACACAACUCGACAUGUCCUGUGGUCAUGACCCGUCUUUGAUUUCCCUUUUAUUGUCAGCCUUGGAUGAGGAGGAACGCACUUAUCACGAUGACAAGGUUUCAGACGAGAAUCGGGAUACAGUCCUGCUCCACUUGCGGUCCUUGCAUGGUCAUCCAAAACGAUUCAUGCGCGGAGCAAGCGACCAGAUGUCAUGUUGCGCAGAACAACCCUUUUGGAGUUGGCCUCAAGAGGCUGUUGAGAUAGUCGGUUCCGAUCAAGUGACAGAGUAUCGUAUGACUUAG